AUGUCAUCUUGGCAACAACAUACUGCCUUGGAUCGCAAAGAUUACCUCAACUGCACCGCACGAACUUAUACAACGAGCCACAACACACAACAUCAAUCUACGCAAGUUAGCAAUACUUUGCUGGACGCAGAUAGUCCAAUUGGUCAAGGUGGUAGUAGAGCCUCAUUGGGGUCAAUCAUACGGGGUACCAAAGGCCAUUUAUCCAGUAUACUUGGUAGUGUCACACAGAGAUUCAGUGUUCCGGGAGAACAAACAUUAGCGUUGGUUGUGUCGAUGCUUAAUACAAUGGCUAAUAAGGUCACUUUAAUACAACGAACAUUAACAUUCACAAGUUCAAAUUGAACAUUCGUCAUUGAGAUUGAAUACAUUGGAUGGUUCUUCCCCGACGCAUUCCUCUUCAUCAGACUUUUCCGUAUCUUGGACCAAGAUCCGAGCAUAAAAGCAGCAAAACGAUAG